AUGCAAAGCCGCCGAGACUACCAAAACCGCUACGACACCUACGGAAUUUCGAGCGGUGGUCAAUACGGCAGAGCACCUCCAAACCGCAGCGACUACGAGCAUCCCGGCCAUGAUGGGUUCUUCAGACCCAAUGCAUCCAACAGCCGCAACUUAUACGGCCGGUCCGACGCGCGCACUGGUUAUCAUCCUCCAAAUCAACGUCAAUCAAACUGGUGCGAAGGUUACGGCAACAACGGCGGUAGUGGAAACGGCCGCGCGCCUUUCGACUACGGACCUCUCGGACCCGUAGGAGGUCCGCAGUCCCGUCAGGAAGUUCGUGGAGAGGGAUCUUGGGCGAGCCACGCGGGAUGGUACAGCAGACCAGGAGCUCGUAUGGAAGUUGGGGAUGAGGCUCGCGGCUAUGGUCGUCGGCAGCAGGAGCGGUCUCCUCGGCGCGAGUCUCGAGGGGAGCAAUAUUCGGAUCGUCAGAAGGGGAAGUUUCGCUCGUUUUUUGACCGCUUCAAACAGUCGUCGUCGGGUGGGCAGCAGUAUGGGCGAGACUACGCUGGACAGAGGAGUUCGGAGAGAGACUAUGCUGGACAAAGCCCAGAGCGAGGUCAACGGUACGGCGGCGGCGAGGGUCAGCAGAGGAGGCAUCGGGGUUAUGGGAGAGCUGCGUGGUCGGCACUGCGGAAGUUUUGA